UCCCUCGGGGAGGGAGCUGUAAUGCGACCUUUGAUGAAAACUGAGACUGUGGAUGGUGGUCAAGGAGGGGCCCAACAAGUUACCACUCGUAUCAUUCCCUAUUCUCCCACUUAAUUGGGUAAAAUUCAGGAGAAAUAUUCCCGGGGACCCCGAGAAACUGAAACUAAGUAUGUGUGGAGAGUGUCUCUUACCGGGGGUGACCGUAUCUUGCUGAGUGAGGACGAGGCGAGAGGAUAUUGGGGUCCGGGAGUUUCUCUAACCACAAAUGACAAUAGAGAACCCUGGUCCCUGACCCAAAGAGUGGCAUACUGGGCGGGUGGAGUGGAUCCCAUGGAAAGGGGAGACCCCUUCUCGAUUAAAACGCUUACGGCGGGGCACAUUUUAGAGAGUGUACAGAAAACUGCGUGUCUCCAGUUGAUGCAUGACCGGUUAUUGGUUCCGCAGCAGCCCUCUCCCAUGCAAUAUGUGGCAGACCCCGACAGGUUGCAUCCCCUUAUAAAAGGAUUACCUGAUGCUUUGAAAUUAUAUGCGGUGCAACUACAAGAUCGGUUGAGGGCGCCCCGACCCCGGAGGAGGGGAGGUCCCCCGGAGACGACAUGGGGAGAGCUGGCACAAGAAUUGAUUAAUUACGGGAGACGGAUGGGAUUUACCGGCCAGGGAAAGACAAAAUCCAAGGCGGACCUCAGGAGGGUGGAAGGUAAUGGGGGAAUAAAAGGUGCACCCCCGAGGCCGACGCGGCCCCCUCAUAGUAAAAGAUAUGCGUUAUGGGCAGAGGGCAUCUCAAAGGGGAUUCCUAGGGAGGUGAUGGAUGGGUUACCCACCCUCAAUCUGGAAAGUUUGGUGAAAGGCUGGAACAAAAUAAAGGAAACCCCAUCUCCCUCGAACCCCAAGGAUUUUGUCCUGCCAUCCCGGGAACCUGAAACAAUAAUCCCGUCCGCCCCCCGGGAGACUGCAUUGAUCGAUCUGAGCGUCCCGGCGUCGGGAAACCCCCUCCGCCGUCCGCAGUCGGUGAGCCGGGGGAUGGCCGGUGGAUCUAUUUAA